AUGAACACCGACAUUACAGCUUCUGUGAAGCCAGAGUACCCAGUGGUGGAUCGGAACCCGCCCUUUACGAAGACCGUCGCCAAUUUCAGCACUCUGGACUACCUCCGCCUGACGACGAUCACCGGUGUCUCCGUCACCGUCGGCUACCUAUCCGGUGGGUCUUCUCUCUCCCAACUCCCCCCUUUCCCCCACUUUCGUUUCUAGGGUUAUUCUCGCUAGAGGUUCUGGUGUCUGCAGGGAUAAAGCCGAACAUCAGAGGGCCAUCAAUGGUUACCGGAGGGCUGAUCGGCUUGAUGGGGGGCUUCAUGUACGCGUAUCAGAACUCCGCUGGACGCCUCAUGGGUUUCUUCCCCAACGACGACGAGGUCGCGCGCUACAAGAAGAAGUAG